AUGACGAUCGGACGAAUUCUCUAUCUAGACGCCUUCGACUCAUUCUCGAACAACAUAAUCAGCCUCCUUGUGAACAGCCUCCCAGUGACCGUCGAGUGCAUCAAAAUCAAUGAUGCCCGCUUCGUCUUCAACGACGAUGCCUUCAAGAACUUCCUCAACAAGUUCGAUGGUGUGGUGGCGGGAGCAGGACCUGGUCAUCCGGAAAAUGCUGACGAUGUCGGACUGAUCGGCAAGCUGUGGGAACAUGCUGUUGAGAUACGACUUCCUGUCUUGGGCAUAUGCCUUGGCUUUCAGAGUCUGAUGUUGCACUUGGGUGCGGCAGUCGAGAGGCUUGAGCAGCCUAGACAUGGGCUUGUGAGGCACUUGACGCACUGCGGGAGGGACCUGUUUGAGGGGAUGGACGAGAUCGAGGCUACGCAGUAUCACUCAUUGCAUGUCAAGCUUAGCAAAGGCUCUGUCGGCGAGAUUAGCCAGCAGCUGUGGCAACCUUCGCGCUCGUGCAAGGAGGUUGUGCCGCUUGCAUGGGACCUGAGUGAUGCAAGUAACGGACCAGUGCUGAUGGCAGCCCGGCAUUGCCAUCUGCCGUUCUGGGGUGUACAGUACCAUCCAGAGUCGAUUUGUUCCGGUGGAGGGCCCCAGCUGGUGCAGAGAUGGUGGAAUAUGGCACACGGUGCGAGGCAAGGCCUGCUACCAUCCACUUUCAUGGUUCCCAACCACGUACUAGGUCUCAAGGCUGCUGGAAAGUCUUCGCGAGCAUGUGGUACAGUGCAGUGGAAGGCAAUAUCUCUGCAUGAGAUGGUGGAUAUCGCCAUCAUUGUCGAAGCCAUGCGAGAAGAUCAGGAGUGCGAGUUUAUACUGCUGGAGUCGGGAAGCCGCGAUGGGAGGCCAAUCAAUGCAGAGACGGGUCGUUUUAGCAUUAUCGGGCUCCCUACGAAGUCCGCGAAGCAAUUGCGGUGGUCCGCCAGGGACUCUAUCUUCACGGUGGAGGCUGAUGGCACUUUCUUGACCACCAAGCGGCUGGACGUGCGCGAAGCAUUCACAGAGCUCCAAGAUAUCGUCAGCCAGCACAAGGCCGAAGGUGGGGCUGCCGACAUACCUUUCUGGGGCGGAUUGGUCGGCUACAUCUCGUACGAAGCUGGCUUGCGGACGAUAGACGUUCACCCUGCGGCGGAUAGCGAUGCAAAGCCCGAUAUGUGGUUCGUGAUGGUCGAGAGGUCAAUCGUGGUAGAUCAUGUAUCAGGCGCAGUGCACGUGCAGAGCUUGAUCGAGGAUGAUGAGGUCUGGUUGCGUGGUACUGAGGCAAGGCUGUUGGCUCUUACAGGUCCCAGUACUGGCAAUUGCGAGCGAGUGGGUGAGGUGGAGCAGAGUUACGUGGUCUCCGAGCUUGUGCAAAACGAAUACUGCAGGAAAGUCGAGGUCUGCCAGGAACAGCUGCGUGCUGGCGAAUCGUACGAGCUAUGCCUGACCGAUCAAACUCUUAUCGCCAACUCAACCAAUCCGUGGACGUUGUACCAACAUCUUCGUCUCGACAAUCCUGCGCCGUUCGGUGCAUAUUUUCACCUCGGCGACUCUUCUAGCGUGUACAACCUCGAUAUCAUCUCCAGCAGUCCUGAGCGUUUUCUGUCCUGGUCGCGGCAAGGUCGAUGCCAGUUCCGUCCCAUCAAGGGCACAGUCAAGAAGAGUAACGGGACGACCAGAGCAAAAGCUGAAAAGCUCUUGAGCUCAGAGAAGGAACGGGCUGAGAAUUUGAUGAUUGUCGAUCUGAUCAGGCACGAUCUGAACGGCGUGGAAGGUGUCCGCAACGUCACCGUCCCCAAACUCAUGCAAGUAGAAGAGUACUCCACGGUCUUCCAACUCGUCUCCGUCAUCGAAGGUGAUCUAAACAACUCUACACCAGGUAUCUCCGCUCUCGUCGCCUCUUUACCGCCCGGCUCAAUGACUGGCGCACCCAAGAAACGCUCUUGUGAGCUUCUCAAGUCCAUCGAAGGUGUCGACAAGCCUAGAGGUCUGUAUAGUGGUGUUUUGGGCUAUCUUGAUGUUGGUGGUGGUGGCGACUUCUCGGUCAUUAUUAGGACUGCCUUUCGUUGGGCGGAAGAGGGCUUCUGGCGCGUUGGAGCGGGUGGAGCUGUGACUGCUUUGAGCGAGCCGUUGGCGGAGUGGGAGGAGAUGUUGGCGAAGAGGCAGAGUUUGCUGGAGUUGUUGGUUGGCUAG